AUGGGUGAAGCUCCUUACUAUAGAGGUGUUCAAGCGCACCCUGUCAGUUUGCAUCCGGUACGUGGCCUGGAAGAUGUAUCAAGAUCAAGAGCAAAACGAGCGCUAGACUCGAUAGAAGGGGAAGGCUUUGGAGGAUUUUCAAAAAGAGCGUUAGACGCGUUAGAAGGAGAGGGAUUUGGAUUCAAAAAACGAGCAUUAGAUGCUCUUGAAGGAGAUGGAUUUGGAUUCAAAAAACGAGCACUGGAUGCUCUUGAAGGAGAUGGAUUUGGAUUCAAAAAACGAGCAUUAGAUGCUCUUGAAGGAGAUGGAUUUGGAUUCAAAAAACGAGCACUGGAUGCUCUAGAAGGUGAUGGAUUCGGAUUCAAGAAGCGUACACUAGCUGCUCCAAGAAGUGGCAUUUUGGCUUUAAAAAUGCAUGCAUCGAAAACAUUGGGAGACAAUAGUUUCGGACUUGGAAAGCUUGCUUCAGACACUUUGGAAGGUGACGAAUUUGGAUCGAACAAACGAAUUUCAGCAUUCAACAAUAGACAAAUGAUUCCUGACAAUAUCAAUGCAAUGAAAUUCACAGGGCAGAUUGUUGGCCGCGAGAAUUUCACUCCAAUCCGUAAUCGCUUCGUUCAUUUAUCUAAUAAGUUGUUAUUGCAUUUAUAA